CUAAGAACUCAGCAACCAGCAGCUGGAAGGUGAUUCCUUGUGUGCAUGGGCACUUUAAAGACCUCUGCAGAAAUGCUGCCCUUGUUCCCACGGCUUGGCUUCCUCCUUUUGGUUGGUUGGCUGGCGGCUGAUACAGCUUCUGCUGAGACAUACCUGUGCUCCAGCUCCCCUGUCAAUGAAACUGCCGUGUGUGCUUCGGUGAGAAGUCUCCCAGAAAGAUUUGUUUGCUACCUGAGCCCCUCCGCAGUGAGCAACCUGAGCAGAGACGAUGCUUUAAGCUUGGCCCACAGGAUCACUAAGAACUGCCCGUUGAACGUGACACACAGAGGAAUAAAUAGAGAGCGAGCUCCCUCCUUCCUGACAACAGAGGAACUGCAGGUUGCAUCUACUUUGGUGAGCAAGUUUGACCAUUUCACUCCUGCAAUCCUGCAUGAAUUGGGACAGGUUGCUGUUGGGCUGUCCGUAUCCGACAUCGAAAAUAAAAUAAGUGAUGAAGACCUCGACGCAUCUCUUCCUGCCCUGGGUGAAGUUCGUGGCUGGAAUGCUGACCAGUCCAGUGCUAUUAUCAAUAAACUGCUCCGCUCUGGCUAUCAGAUUUCAGAUGGACAGAGCCUGGCAAAGCUAGGGAGCUUGGUGGCUGGCCUCAGCAGCAGCACGCUUCAAAGUCUCCCUCCAGAAGUGAUCUUGGAAGCCAUUAAGUUGCCUGAGUUUGUCCAGCAGUUGGUGACCCUGCCCUCUGCUCUGAAAAGGACAUUUGUGGAAAUGAUUUCUUCCAGUGUAAGCCACCCUGCUGAGUUGGUUAAACGUGUCCCUGACGCUCUGGCUAGUUACAUCCCAAAAUCAUUGCUUGUUUUUGAGGAUGAGAAGCCCAGUAUUGAAGAUCUCAACAGAAAAAUGUGGACCCGAGAACAGGCUGCCAUGUUUUUCAGUGAUGUGAUAAAGAGAGAGCCUGACUUCAGCAGGCUUUCCCAGUCAGUUCUCCAAGGCUACACAUGCACAGCUGGCAAUGAAAUAGGAACAGAAAGAGUUCAGCAGCUGGCCAAAGCCAUGAAGAAGAAGAACGUCCAGCUAGGAGAAGACCAGCUGAGUUGCUUAGUGAAGAUGGUGACGCUGCAUGGGAUUCCCAAGGAUUUAGAUAGCUAUCCUAAAGACCUGUUGCUAUUUUUAAGUCCUUCAGACUACGCAGCAACAGGAAGCUGUAGGCAGUACUUUGCUAGUGUUGGGAAAGCCAAUCUUGAUCUUCUGCAAAGAGAGUCAUCUGAGCGACAACAGCUGCUCUUGGAAGCUCUAGCAUGUCUGAAAAUUUCUGGAACACAAGUGAACGAGGAAAAUGCAGAGAUUCUGGGUCAUCUGGUCUGUGACCUGGGUGAAGAAUACAUUAGAGGUUCUGGUGGGAGUUUGCUGGAGCAGUUAAGCCAGUGUGAAUCUUUCCUGCCUGAUCAAGAAGAGGCUAUUAAGAGUGUGAUCAGCAGUGGUAACACUACAUUUGGGCCUCCUUCAGCAUGGUCAGCUUCUACCUUGAAUGAGCUCAGUGGGUUGAUUCCUGUAUUUGAUCACAGCAUCUUGCAGAAGAUCCCCAAGAAUGCUUUAACUCUUUGGCUGAAAAACUUUGCGCACGAUUCGCCUUUGUCAAGGGAACAGCUGGCCACCAUUGUUGAAGAACUCCUGCCUUCUAGGCACAAGCGUGCUAGUGGUUGCCCAGAUGACAAGAAGAUAACAGAGACAGUUCUUAACGAUGACAUGAUGCCUAUUCUGUAUACACCUGAAGAGUUACGUGCUUGCCUGAAGAAUGUCUCUCUGGAGAAUCACCUCUCUCAGCUCCUGACCUAUGCCUUCAGUAACGAGCAACUGGCUGUGCUGAAGGAGAAUCUGGAUCAGACAUACCCUGAUGGGUAUCCUGACAGUCUACUCUCCAAACUGGGCCUCUUCAUUAAUUCUUCCACCUUGGAGGAAAUUAAAAAAUGGAGGAUAACUUCACCUAACACUCUGGCUUUCUUGCUAGAACGUCUGCCCAAAGAUAAACAGGCUACUACACUGAUUGAGCGUUAUGUUGCCUUGGGAAAUCCCUUGGACGCCACUGCACUGAAAGCAAUUGAUAGAAAACACUUGUGCUUUCUAAAUGCAACCUUGCUGAAUAUGAUAGACUCCAACAGCUUGAAACUGGUUUCUCUGAAUGUUUCAUCCUGUUCCCAGCUUACGAAAGACAUCUUAUAUGCUAAAGCAAAACGUGCUUUCUCAGACCAGCACUAUUUAUCUUCUUACUAUACGCACAUUGAACCAUAUUUAGGUGGUGCUCCUGGUGUGGAUCUCAGAGCCCUAAGCAAGGACAACGUGAACAUGAAAGUUGAUACUCUGGCAAAGUUAAGAAGAGACUCUUUGAUGAGCCUGACGCCUGCUGAAGUUAAGGGCUUGCUGGGGACAAAUCUUAGAGAUCUGGUGAAAUGGCAGAACAAGGCUCCCAUCCAGGAGUGGGUCCGAACACGGAAACAAGCAGAACUGGAUAAACUGAACAUUGGGCUCACUGGGGGAACACAAGAAGGCUACAUGAUCGUUGUCACACCUCAAUUUCAGCCACCAUCCUCAUCGGCUCUGGGCACUGUGGCUGUGGCAGCCCACCUCUUGCCUGCUCUGCUUCUCAGUUUCCUGAUGACGAUGGCCUUGUCUUGAAAAUCUUCCCUCGGCAGGCAGCACGAUGAGAGGGACCAGCCUGUGACCUGCUCUGAGGCAGGCCGGGGGGAUAAAGGGGGACUCAGUGUUAGCAGGCAACUGCUACGUAGCCCGGUGUUCAUUGCUAGGUACUUUUCUCUUUCAAAUCAAUAGAAAAAAAAAAAAUGGUGUUCUAUCUGAAGGGAAGAUUUCAGACUCUUCAGAGCAGGAUCUUUUUUUCCUUUUGUACAGACCAAGCCCAGGUAAUACCCAGCCAUAUUACUGCAACAAAACCAAUACCAAUAUUUUAUUGUGCAACCCUAGUGGGUGUAAGGGUGAGCGAAUCAGCUGUUCUGCAUGUUAAUGAUUACAUUUCUCAAAGAGCUUGAUCUCUUGACACUGCCAGGACCUCUGAGUGGGAGUAAAGUUUUCCGGCUGGUUGUAAAGAAAUGGUGGAACUAAGUAAAAAAUGCCAGAAGCAAAA